AUGGCAGGUGCCUCCGGGGACAGCGUGGCGGCGCUUGUCAACCUCACCAACGCCGUUAACACUGGCGACGACGUUGCUCUUGCGCUGGCCAGCGGCGCUGCAGACAUUGCUGCCGGUGGCGCGGGUGCAGCAGAGCCGGAGGUCGAUCGCACGAAGCACCCCUCGGGUAUCGUGCCGGUGCUGCAGAAUGUCGUCGCAACAGUCAACCUCGGGUGUAAGCUGGACCUGAAAGAGAUCGCGCUGCACGCGCGCAACGCUGAGUACAACCCCAAGCGGUUUGCGGCGGUGAUCAUGCGCAUUCGGGAACCCAAGACGACAGCUCUCAUCUUUGGGUCUGGGAAGAUGGUGUGCACCGGCGCCAAGAGCGAGCAGGAGUCCAAGCUUGCGGCUAAAAAAUACUGCCGCAUCAUCCAGCGCCUGGGCUUUGAGGCGGAGUUCAAGGAGUUCACCAUCCAGAACGUCGUGGCCUCCUGCGACGUCAAGUUCCCCAUCCGCCUGGAGGGCCUGCAGUACUCACACGCCUACUUCGCCACGUACGAGCCGGAGCUGUUCCCGGGCCUGAUAUACCGCAUGAAGCAGCCCAAGAUCGUGCUGCUCAUAUUCGUCAGCGGCAAGGUGGUGCUGACCGGCGCCAAGAAGCGCGACGACAUCUACACCGCCUUUGAAAACAUAUACGCCACGCUUCAGGAGUUCAAGAAGAAGGGCCCAACAGAGGGCAUGCAGCAGCUAGCGGCGCCCGGGAACGCGGCAGCGCUGCCAGCCCCGCCCGGCGCCGCUGGCGGCACGGGCGCGGGGCCCAGUGGCAGCGGCAGCGGCGCGGCGGGCGGAGGCGGUGGGGGCGCAGGCUCCAGCGGCAGGGGUGCCAUGCCACCGCCAGCUGCAGGCAUGAUGCCACCAGCGCGGCGCGCGCCUGGCGGGCCUGCUCCCCCGGCAGCAGCAGCGGCAGCCGCUGCAGGCCCUUCAUCCGGUGCAGCCGGGGGCGGCGAGCACGGCGUGCCGCCCGCCACCCCCUCGCAUGUGCCGCCAGCGACGCCCGCUUACAUGCCGCCCUCCACCCCCGCGUACCAGCCCCCGCCUGCCACGCCUGCCUAUGUGCCGCCGGCGACCCCGGCGUACCAGGCGCCCACGGCGCUUCCCACGCUGCCGUCACUGGCAGCGCCGAAGGCGCCGGUGCUGCCCAGUCGGCUGCCGCCGCAGUAG